CCAUUUUUGCCAUCAUCACUAGUUCGAUUACAAAGCAAAUUAACAUUUCUAACACAAUGAAUUUGAACCUUGCUCUGGCCAAAUCUGCGAAAAAAUACCCGACAACCGCCCAGCUGUUCUCGUCAUCCUCUGUUGCCCAGACAAUCUCCAGUGGCAUAUCCAGGCAAGCCACUACUGUGGCCGGUGCUCCCGAGAGUAACAUGGACAAGCUCAAGGAACCGAAUCCAGCCAAUGAAAAGCCCAUGAGGAACGUCAUGUCUCAGUCGUUUGGAGAUGGGUACUCCACGAGGGCCGAUGAAGAAGGGUUCGGUGGUAUAUACAGUGGCAAUCAGUCUCUUAACAACAUUGAGGCUGACAAGGAAAUCCAUGCAAAUCACCCUGCUUACGACAAGACGCAGGGCAGUGAGGUGAAGGAGAAAGAGAAGGCCCGACACCAGACUAAUGCAGCAUCCUAAAUGACGAAUCAACUCAUCGAUCUUACGAGAUCUGGCGAACUUGAACCAUAGUCAUCUUCUAUAUGGAAUUGCUCCUUAUUCAGUUAUAUGACCGGUCGUGUUCUUUUAUUCAUUAUUAUAUAUUUUAAAUUUGUACUUGCAGAUGCCAUAAGGAUGCGUCCUUCGGGAUGUAAUUCGAUAUGUACCCAGAGGGGAUGCUAGUUAAUUUCUAUUAAUAUAAUUUUUAAUUUAUUUCCCGCUC